GACGUCAUUUCCCGUAGGGACAGCUGAUGCCGGAUUUUUCCGCUCUUCUAACGCCUUUCCCUCGAAGACUUGUCGGCGCAAAUACGCUCUGAAAUCUUUUUAUCUGAACAAAGUGUCGGUAUGGUGCACAGAGAAAGCUUAUCGCCUCUGUGGCUCUUAAUGGCUACUGUUGUCGUGGUUAGCGGCUUCUCUGACAUGGAUUCAGGGCCUGGCGCCGGAGGAUCAACGACACAAGCGAACGGAGAUCGCUUCAAAAUCGAGGGAAGAGCAAUAGUCCCCGGCUUAAAAACACAAGACUGGGUCUCUACAGCCAGAGUUUUGGUUGAGGGUGAAGAAUACGUGGGGUUUUUAAGAACUGAUGGGAGUUUCGCCGUGAACGACGUUCCCACAGGAUCUUAUGUUGUCGAAGUUGUUACCCCGACGUAUAGGUUUGAACCGGUGCGUGUUGAUAUCACCUCCAAGGGGAAAAUGAGGGCACGACUCGUAAACUACAUCAAAACGUCGGAAGUGAUUCGUCAGCCAUACCCGCUUCAAAUCAGGGCUUCUGGUCCUCACAGCUAUUUUAUGAAGAGGGAAACGUGGGGGUGGACAGACUUCCUCAUGAACCCGAUGGUUAUGAUGAUGGUUUUGCCCCUGCUGAUCAUUGUUUUGCUGCCUAAGGUGGUCAACACCAAUGAUCCAGAGAUGAGAAAGGAAAUGGAGCAGUCCAUGAACAUGCUGAACCCCAACCCUGAACUUCCGGACGUCUCUGAGAUCAUGACCAAGCUCUUCUCUGGGUCCAAGGGCUCCAGCAAGGCAGGCAGCAGCAGCAGCAGCAAGGGCAGCCGUCCAGCCAUCAAGAGGAGGUAGUACCACACGUCUGCUGAAAGCAAAUGGCAACAUCGAAGCAAGAUUUUUACGUGUCAUCCCCUCCCCGGAUCUAUUGUACAGAUUUCUCUUUCAAUAAAAGUUGUGAGCAAAACUUUUUUUUUCUCAUAAUGCACUGAGUAAAUAACUUGUAAAUGCUGUUAUUUUCGUCUGCUCCAUGUAUACUCCUGAUUUAAAACAGCUUUUUGUCUAAUCUUUUCUGCAACAACCCUUUGUUUUUUUGCCACUGCUGCUAAAUUCCUCUCUAAAGCAGAGCAUAUAUAUAUAUUUGAAGAGAUUUACUCCAUUUUCGGUUCGUUUUAAUCAUCCACCUGAAUGAAAACAAGUUUGAUUUAAAGAUUCAAGAAUGCCUAUUUAAAAUUCUAUAUAAAUUACAAAUGUACUGAACCGUUGCUUUUUUAUUUCCGAUCUCUCUGACCUUGUCACACGUUGAAUCAUUGUGCCGCACUGUAUGACUUUAAUUCACAUACUGUACAUUUUGUGCCUGAGGUGUAAACAUUAGAAAACAGUCACUGGCUUUGAAAGAACUGUGAGGUUGGUUUUCAGAUUUCUGCAGAGAUCUGGUUUUACUUUAAAAAAAAAUGGAAUAUAAAGUCAAAAUUAAAGUUAUUAACAUA